GGGGGUGGAACACGGUGGGUCUGGGGGGUGUUGGGGUGAGGGCCGGUUGGGGUGUGGGGGCUCCCCGUGGGCUCUGGACCUGUCCCUGUUCCCCCCAGAUAUGACCCCCGCGUGUCCCCCGAGCACACCCAUGGCUUUUGGGUCCUCCACGUGUCCCCACAGCCCCGAGACACCCCCGGGUGUUCCCCACAUACGUCUCUGCGCCCCAGUUCCUGCACAGAUGUGUCCCACACGUGUCCCCACACGCCAGGACACCCCAUGUCCUUCCAGAGCCGCUCCCCAGUGCCACCCGCAGCCCCUUUCCGUGGGGAUGGAGGGGCGCGGGGAGGAGGAGGUGACACCCCCGGGUGUGCCCCACGCCCCCUGACACGCGUCCCCUGUUCCCCCAGACGUGCCCUGCGUGUGUCCCCGUGCCCCACCCGCACGCCACGCGUGUCCCCACGCCUCGGGGCACCCCACAGACCCCCCCCAGCCCCGCUGUCCCCCCGGGAGCUCCCCGCAGGGAUGGAGGGGCGCGGGGAGGAGGCGCCGGAGCCGGAGGUGUUGGAGCCGUCAGAGGAGGAUGAGGAGGAGGAAGAGGAGGAGGAAGAAGAGGAGGACGACGGCUCCGGGGUGCGGGUGACGCCGGCGCUGCUCAAGGCCACGACGGGCGAGUUCUCCCUGGAGUCCAUCCUGCUGCUGCGGCUGCGCGGCCGCGGCAUCGCCCACCUGGGCUGCCUGGCCGACUGCUCCAACCUGGAGUGGCUGGACCUGUCCGGCAACGCCAUCGCGGGGCUGGCGCCGCUGGCCACGCUGCGCGCCCUGGCCGUGCUCAACCUGGCCGCCAACCGCGUGGCCAGCGUGGAGCCGCUGCGGGGCUGCCGCAGCCUGCGCCAGCUCAACCUGGCGGGCAACCGCCUGCGCAGCCUGCGCCAGCUGCGCUGCCUGCAGGGCCUGCGCCACCUGGAGAGCCUGCGCCUGCGGGACCCGCUGGGCAACCUGGGCAACCCGCUGUGCGCCGCCGCGCCCGCCUACCGCGCCACGCUGGCCGCCAUGCUGCCCGGCCUCAAGGCCAUCGACGGGCAGCGCGCCGUGCUGGAGGAGGCCACGCGGCAGCUGGGCCAGGCCCUGCGCGAGUGCCGCGAGCUCGGCCGCCGCGCCGACGACUCCAUCGCACAGGCCCAGCGCGCGCUCGGCCGCCGCCAGCACGGCGACUUCGGCUUCUGAGGGGAGCGGGGCGCGGCCCCACGCAGGCACCGCGGGCUGGGGCCGGCAUCGCCUGGGCUGUGGGAGCCCAAAGGUGGGACUGGAGAAACCCCAAAGCCACCAGAGCCAAAGCCACCAUCAUCGGAGCCACAGGACCCCAAAAAUGGAGCCAGGAGAACACCCAGAGCCACAAGUCUGAGCUGUGGGACCCCAAAGGAGGGACUGAAGAACCCCCAAAACCACUAGAGCCCAAAGCCACCGUCAUGGGAGCCACAGGAGCCCAAAUAUGGGGCCAGGAGAACACCCAGAGCCACAAGUCUGAGCUGUGGGACCCCAAAGAUGGGACAGGAGAGCCCCCAAAGCCACCACAGUACAAAGCCACCAUCAUCUGAGCCACAGGACCCCAAAAGCGGGGCCAGAAGAACACCCAGAGCCACAAGUCUGAGCUGUGGGACCCCAAAGAUGGGACCAGAGAACCCGCAAAGCCAUCACAGCCCAAAGCCACUGUCAUCUGAGCCACAGGACCCCAAAAACGGGGCCAGGAGAACCCCCAGAGCCAUCACGAGUCCAGCUGCUUCAUUCCAAACUGUGAGACCCCCAAAGCAGGUCUAGGAGCCCCUCAGUGCCACCCCUGCCCAAGUCCAUGCCUGAGCCGUGGGAGCCCAGGAAUGGAUCCAGGAAAGCCCCAGAGCCCACACUGUCACCGUGAGACCCCCAGAGCCACCACCAGCCCGUCUCCUUCCCCUGCGAGCUGUGGGACCCCCACGCUGGAGCUGGGGUACCCCAGAGCCACCCAGGAUCCCCGGGGAGCCACGGGGAGCCAGCCUCGCCUGGGGACAUCUCGGGGACAGGGGACGUGGUGGCACUGCGCAUUAAACAUGUCCUACCCUCGGUGUCCCUUGUCCUGCGGCCUCAGGGGUCUCCACUGCUCAGCCCGCACCCAUCGUGUCCCUGUC